AACUCGUACUCGCCCAGCCCGAACCGCCAUUCGAGGUACUAGGGCUCCCGAUGCACGGCCGGGGGUUGUUUGGCGGCGCGGCACUAAGUAUAAUCCAGAGACUUUCGUGGCGUUGGUUGAGUCGCAAAUGGUUGUGAGGGCCGAGGCAGCCGUGCCGCAGGUUUCCCGAGAGAAAUGCGAUGUACUGCAUGAAACUUUCUCUUCUGUUUUGUCAGCAUCAGCGUGUUGGUCACUUCUGUUGAUUUUCUUUUCUGGCGUUAGUAUGGGGGCUUGGAAGAUAGCAGUGUCGGCGGUCAUGAGGUGGGCACGGAAGACCUGGGACUACUGGACAUCAACGACGUGUCUUAAUACUGCUCACACGGAUUCCUACUUCUUCAUCGAACAGCCGUACCAUUCUAGUUUAAUUUUCCCUAAAUCUGCCUUCAGGGUGAAACUCGACAUUUGGCGUUACCUGGCGGCACAGUGGGCACAAACGCAGCGGUUAGUCUAUAUAUGGACACUACCCCGGCAGCAUGCUUUCGGGAUCGAGCGGGGUCCUUUACAGAUUGCGGUCCUCGUUCGUCAAUGCUGAAUGUACUUGCGUUGCCAUGGACCUGAGCGGAUUCGAUUGAUUCUUGAUGGAUGUUCGGAUGGCAGCCAACCUCCAGAACUGAAUC